AUGCCCAACUCAGAUUGGCGUAAGCAAAGAGGUUGCCAACCCUUGACUUGGCAGAGGAGUAUGAGGGAGAUCACGAAACGCUUAGGUGAUGUCGGUGCUACUCGCCUUCCAGGAUGGGGACCGCGUGAUCCUCACUGUGCCUGGUUAGAGACACUACAAGAUAUGACUUCUAACCGAUGUCAGUGGCGUUCUUGUUGUCAGUUUCUAUCCAGAUUGCCUGAUCAAACUAAUGAAUUCUUGGAUCCCCUUGAGGGCACAAAGGACCAUCCGUCUCCAGACGCCUCAUUAGUGGAUGUCAUUGUUGAUCGCACACCAGCUGGUGAGUCGUCCCAGCUGCAUGACCAGAUAAAAGAAACAACCACUGCCUAUCCUGAAAUGGAUACAUGUGAGGACGAGAUCAUUGACGUAUUGGGCAAUGGACUGAUCACUAAAAAAGUUGUCAAUUUCUCCGAUAACUUCUUAUCUAUUCUAACAAAGGGUCUUGGUAGGAAAAGCAGACCAAACCACGGAGAUCUCGUGGAAAUCAGCUUUAAAGGUUAUCUUGAAGAUGGAACUAUUGUUGAUGACGUGGCCUCAAUGGUGUGCACGUUGGGAGAUGGUGACGUCAUACAAGCGCUUGACCUGUCCCUCCCACUUGCUGAGCGGGACGAGCGGUUUGAACUGAUCACUGACGCGCGCUUCGCUUACGGAUCCUUAGGAAGAGACCCAGACAUCCCUGGAGAUGCUACUCUUCGUUACGAAGUACAUUUAUUAUCCUCAAGUGACCCGCCCUCUUAUUCCUCUUUGUCGGAUCCGGAGCGGCUCUCCAUGGCUGAUCAGAAACGUGAACGCGGGAACUACUACUAUCGUUUGCAAUAUGAGUUUGUUUACAGGCGUGAAGAAUAUGCAUUUGCAGUCAAUAGUUACAAUAAAGCCCUCAAAUUGCUGUCGGUGCCAACGGCAAACCAGUCAACCGAACGCACAGCUUCAACCUCAGAUACGAUGAAUUCUUCGGAGCUUUUAGAGGAGUUGGAGAUCAAGUUGCUGAACAACUUGGCAGCAACCCAAUUAAAGAUCCAGGCGUACGAUGCGGCAGUUAAAUCCUGCAAUGCUGUUCUACAGAGGGACCCUCGGAACUUCAAGGCGUUGUUCCGAAAGGGAAAGGCCCUGCUCGAACAGGCCGAGGUAGACGAAGCUAUUCCAAUACUGCGGCUGGUUCACGAAAUGGUGCCAAGUUCCUCUAUGGUUGCCAGUGAGUUACGGCGUGCUCGGUGUCUACAGCAGCGUGAGCGUGAGCGUUGGUCUCGUGCUGCUAGUAAGAUGUUCUCUCAGCAUGACAGCAAGAGUAUGAAAACACGUUCUCGGUUCUUCGGACUACAGCUUCCUGUGCUUCGUCGGCGGACCCUACUUGUUAGUGCUGUUCUUACGAAGUACUUCCUGGAUGUAGACCGACUUAGGUCAUCAAAGCUUACCAGACGACUACCGAUUCCACAUGACUUAAAGGGACCAAACCGUCCAAGAAUAUGA